AAAAGAAGUAUAACGAUGGUUUAAAUUGGCUAAUAAAAUUCGAAGCUAGUAAAGUCGAGGUAAAGGGCGAAUAUAAAUACGAAAUAAACGCGUAUUCCCGUCAUACUUAGUGAUUCUUUACAAAGAUCCGUAAUGCGAAAACACUAGCUAUAUUUAAAACAUAUCCUUAAGUCGUCUGUGUUGACAUAAACCGUGUUAGAAAAGUUUGUGGAUGUUUGUUUUGCAAUGAUGGUUGAAAGCUAUAGAAAACGGCGAGUGUUUUGUUUCAUCAGUGCACGAUAAGGGGAAAAUCAAGUUUUAACGAUGUCCAAUAAAGCCAACGGAGAAAGAAAGAUUCCGAACAGCGACGGAUUAAACCAUCAUGUAAUAAAUAAUAUUGACGUUAUCAAACAUGUGAACACAGAUGUGACGUCAGAAAGGAACUCAAACGUGAUAUACGGGGUCGAUGAUGUCCCUCCUUGGUACCUGUGCAUAUUGCUAGGAUUUCAACAUUAUCUGACGGCGUUUGGUUCCACUAUAACCGUACCCUUGGUCUUGGCCCCGGCGCUCUGUAUCGACCAGGACAUGGUGGGACUCAGCGAGAUUAUUAGCACGAUAUUCUUCAUGUCCGGCAUAGCAACAUUGCUUCAGACAACAAUUGGCAUUAGGUUGCCGAUCAUUCAAGGCGGCACAUUUGCCUUUCUGACCCCGACUUUUUCCAUUCUUGCACUUCCGCGCUGGGAAUGCGAAUACACAAAAGCAAGGGAAACGGAUCCCCAGUUGGUGAACAGCACUCUUCCGGCACCCGGAAGUGACGCACACCGGGAGAUGUGGCAGUCCAGAAUUCGGGAGAUUCAGGGUGCCAUCAUGGUUUCCUCGCUGUUUGAAGUUUUGAUCGGGUUCUCGGGCCUCAUAGGGUUCCUACUGCGCUUUAUCGGUCCACUUGCCAUUACUCCGACCAUCGCGCUCAUUGGCUUCGGUCUCUUCAAGGAAGCGGCAGACAAAGCCUCUGCGCAGUGGUACAUCGCCUUCAUGACGAUGUUUCUGAUAGCGCUGUUCUCCCAGUAUCUGCGCAACAUCAAGAUUCCCUGCCUCGUUGCGGAGAGGGGCAAAGGCUGUACCACUACGCGCAUGCCCAUAUUUAGCCUAUUUCCGGUGCUGCUCGCUAUGAUCGUAUCCUGGAUCGUAUGCGUCAUCCUGACCGCUUCCGGUGCGUUCCCGAAAGUUGACGGCCAGUGGGGCUACAAGGCGCGCACCGACAUCAAGACCGCAGUCCUUUAUGAGUCGGAUUGGUUCCGGUUUCCGUAUCCUGGUCAGUGGGGCACCCCGACUGUCAGCACGGCGGCUGUGUUUGGGAUGUUGGCAGGUGUCCUGUCCUCAAUGAUCGAGUCCAUUGGCGAUUACUACGCAUGCGCGAGACUUUCCGGAGCUCCGCCCCCUCCCGUGCACGCGGUCAAUCGCGGUAUUGGAGUGGAGGGUAUUUGUUGCGUGUUGGCAGGCGCCAUGGGCUCCGGUAACGGCACUACCUCAUACAGCGAGAACGUUGGCGCCAUAGGGAUCACCAAGGUGGGAAGCCGCCGUGUGGUUCAGGUGGGUGGGGCAAUCAUGAUCGUCCUCGGAUGUCUGGGCAAGUUCGGGGCGCUCUUCGUCACCAUUCCUGAUCCCGUCGUUGGCGGAAUGUUCAUGGUCAUGUUUGGCAUGAUCACGGCAGUGGGCAUCUCCAAUCUCCAGUACGUGGACCUCAACUCCUCGAGGAACAUAUUCAUCCUCGGCGUCUCCAUGUUCUUCGGGCUCAGCUUCCCCAAGUGGAUCGCCGGAAACAAAGCCAUAAACACAGGUAGUGACGUAGCGGAUCAAAUAAUCUCCGUACUAUUAGGUACCAGCAUGUUUGUUGGCGGAAUGACGGGUUUUAUUCUCGACAACACCAUUCCAGGAACAGACGAGGAAAGAGGUAUCACAAAAUGGCGGCAACAUGGCGACGAUGUGGGUUCUGACCAAUCAGCGUUGAGGACUUACGAUAUUCCUUUUAUACAAAAAUAUUUGGAUAGAGUCGAAUUUUUCCGUUACCUUCCGUUUUGUCCAAGAUUUUCAAUGAAGUGCGGAAAACAAAUUGACACCGAGGAAAUAGAAAUUCCGGUUGCAAAUGAAUCUCAGCGAUUGUAGUGGCGUUUCAUUGCUUCUGUUACUAUCAUUGAAAUUGCAUUUGAUUGCUGAUCAUGUGUAUAUAUCUUUCAUGUGUUUGCAUUAACGGAGCGUAUAACCUUAAUCAUCCAUUUAUUGCCCUGUGAAAGAGGAAUACUUCACAUGAGCUCAAAAAGCGAAUGUCUGAGAAAUGUGAUAACUAUCACAAAUUUAACUUUCAACACUUACACAAUGUGCCUUCCAAAAUGUGGAAACAGUUGUCCACGGUG